AGGCUCAGGUGAGCGCGUAUGGCCACAGGAACCUGCAAAUUAAAGUGUGUGUGUUGGGGGGUCAUUAUUCCUCCUCGCGCAGAUAGGUGGCGCGUGCUGCCGAGGCUCUCGCGCUGUUUGUGAUGCGGACAGAAAAUCGGUGACGGCGGGAGGAGCACGCGCACACCGGAGCAGCCCGACCCGCAGCCCGGACUCUCCGCUUCGACUCAGCGGGACUCUGCGGCCGAGUUCUGGUACCGCUCUGCGGGAGGCUCUCCUGCCUCCCUGCCGCCUCCUCCCGGAGCCUCGCAGCCUGCCGCAGGAGCAGAAGGAGCAGCAGGAGCCGCGGACUCAGUGAUCAAUGAAGCCGGAGAUCAUGGCGGAGGGUCCCCGCUGCAAGAGACGAAAACAGGCCAACCCCCGGAGGAAGAACGUGCUGAACUAUGAGAACGUUGUGGAAACGACCUCAGACACCGAUGAUGAGGACAGUUUCGGAGGAGGUGGAGCAGGAGCGGACGAGGAGGCGGGCAGUCCGGCUGGCGUGCCCGCUCUGGAGGUGUCGCCCCGGGUCGGCCACGCCCUGCUGUCCCACCGUGACCAGGAGAGUGCCGAGAGCGGAGAUGGGUUCCAGGACAGCCACGCCUGGAGAUGCCUCGAUGGGGGGACGGACGAGUACGAAGCCGUGGGCCCGGAGGCGUCUCCUCACGCUGUGGAAAACGGUGCAGGGAAGCGACUGGAGGGCAUCCCUGAGCUGGACGAGUACUUCCUGAAGCGUAAACUGGAGGACGGCGACAGUCACUCUGCGAGCAUCGCUGAGUACCUGCAGCGCAGCGACACUGCCGUCAUUUAUCCAGAAGCCCCAGACGAGGUGACGCGCCUGGGCACGCCUGAGGCCGCUGGGCAGGAUGAGAGCGAGCACGACCUGGCACCCGACACGCAGGACGACUUCGCCCAGCUGCUCACGUGUCCGUACUGCGACCGUGGCUACAAGCGCCUGACGUCUCUGAAGGAACACAUCAAGUACCGUCACGAGAAGAACGAGGAGAGCUACCCCUGCCCGCUGUGCGCCGAGAAUUUCGGCCACCGUGCUCAGCUGGACCGUCACAUGACCACGCACAAGCCUGCCAGAGACCAGCCACCACUGCUUACUGAAGGAGCUGGAAACCGCAAGUUCAAAUGCAGCGAGUGUGGAAAAGCCUUCAAGUACAAGCACCACCUGAAGGAGCAUCUUCGUAUUCACAGCGGUGAGAAGCCAUAUGAAUGCUCCAACUGUAAGAAGCGCUUCUCCCACUCCGGCUCCUACAGUUCCCACAUCAGCAGCAAAAAGUGCAUUGGCCUGAUUGCCCUGAAUGGAAGAGUACGCAACGGAAAUGGUGGCAAACUCGGCUCCUCCCCCAGCUCUACAACCUCAUCACCUGGAAGCCCCGCCCUGGCCCAGCUUCGCCACAAACUUGAAAAUGGGCGCCCGCUGGGGCAGCAAGACCAACCGGGUCAGCUGGAUAUCAAACCUGAGCCGAUGGAUUUCAACGACUACCGGUUAUUGAUGGCCUCACAGCAUGCGUUUGGGGGACCCGGGGUCUACCUGAACGGCCGGGGGGGGAGCCCCUUGGGUUUUCACAACUCCUCCCACAGUCCCCUUCAACAUCUGGGAGGCAUUGGGCUGGACCUCCAAAUGCUGGGCUACGUGAGAUCCCUUGGCAACAACCUGAGCGAGGUGCAGAAGGUGCUCCAGAUUGUGGACAACACGGUGUAUAGACAAAAAAUGGAUGGAAGCCCCGAAGACAAGCUCAGGUCCUACAUGAAGGAGUUAGGUGCCCAGAUGGAGGAGCCCAAGGUGGCUCAGGCUGGCUUCCUGGUGACGGGCCACGGCAGUCCCACCAAGAGCAUCAUCGAUUACACACUGGAGAAGGUCAAUGAGGCCAAGAGUCUGAUCGACGAGUCUAAGAGGCAAGAGGAUGCUAAGAAGGAGAAACCAAGCCACUCCGUGGAUCUCAGCAGUGAGGAAAAAAAACAUGAAAGCCAGAACCAGUUCCUGCCAUUCUCCUGCCAGUACUGCAAGGAGACCUUCCCCGGGCCAAUCCCCCUGCACCAACACGAGCGCUACCUGUGCAAAAUGAACGAGGAAAUAAAAGCUGUCCUGCAACCCGCUGGCCACCAGAGAGGGAUGUCCUCCGAGGUCUCCAGCAACGACCGAGCCACCAGCCCCGUCAGCCCCUUCAAGGAUCACGUGUCGUUGCUUAAAGCUUAUUUCGCCAUGAACACUGAGCCCAACUCAGAGGAAUUGCUCAAAAUCUCAGUUGCUGUUGGCCUCCCUCAAGAGUUUGUCAAGGAGUGGUUUGCCCAGUGGAAGAGCCAAAACCACCACGGUAAAAGGUCACCACCUCCUGACUGCAGUGGAGCAGAAGUCAACCCCAGCUUGAACCGCUCUCCAAUGUCACUUCCAGCUACAGAUUUACACAGAGGCUUCACUAAUGGCUUUUGCGAGUCCUCCCACCAGUUUACAACCAACCGGCAGACAGCAGGGCACAAACCACUAGAAUCAUUGGACCACUUGAGAAGCAACACUCCAUCACCCCUUAACCUUUCCUCUACUUCCUCCAAACACUCUCAGAGUAGCUCUUACACUCCGAACAGCCUGAACUCGGAGGAAUCCCGCGGGGACACACCGCUGGAUCUGUCGCUACCCAAACACAUGACGCAGAAGCUCGCCUCCACUGGAGAGAAGCGACUCAGACCCAAUGGUUUAAUCAGAGAGCACAACGGGGAGGCUUUGGGGCGAGAGCAGGGGUCUGGACCCUUUGACUUGGUCAACAUUAAGAAGGAGAUCCUGGGAUCUGAUGGUGGAGGGAAUGCUAUUCACCAGCUGGAGAAAAGCACCAGUCCCAUCUUUGGGAUUAAUCCCUUUGCUGGCGGGCCUGUCUACACCUCCCUUCCACCUCACGGAGCAUUCCCCCCACCCACCUUCAUGACUCCUGCCCAAGCGACCAUCCCAGGCCUCAGGCCCUACCCGGGUCUGGACCCCAUGAGCUUCCUGCCUCACAUGGCCUACACCUACGCCACCGGGGCAACCACAUUCGCUGAAAUGCAGCAGAGGAGAAAGUACCAGCGGAAACCAGGCUUCCAGGGGGAGCUGCUGGACGGCACGGCGGACUAUCUGUCAGGCCUGGACGACCUGACAGACAGCGAUUCGCUGCUCUCCAGGAAGAAGAUUAAGAAGACUGAAAGUGGUAUGUACGCGUGUGACUUGUGCGACAAAACAUUCCAGAAGACCAGUUCCCUCCUAAGACACAAAUAUGAGCACACAGGUAAACGUCCCCAUCAGUGUCAGAUCUGUAAGAAGGCCUUCAAACACAAGCACCACCUGAUCGAGCACUCACGCCUGCACUCUGGAGAAAAGCCCUACCAGUGCGACAAGUGUGGCAAGCGCUUUUCGCAUUCGGGCUCGUACUCGCAGCACAUGAACCACCGCUAUUCAUACUGCAAGAGGGAGGCCGAGGAGCGUGAGGCGGCCGAGAGGGAGGCCAGGGACAAAGGAGGCGGAGGAGGCGUUGCAGUUGCAGGGCUGGAGCCCACGGAGCUGCUGAUGAGGGGCUACCUCCAGGGGCUGGGGCCCCUUGGAUACUCGGACCCAGAGGACCAGCGGGAGGAUGGCGGUGGUGCGAUGCUGAGGGUCAGCGGUGAGGGAGGAGGAGGACGGGAGGAGAGGGAAAUGGACAGCAAGAUGUAUGAGGAGGUGACAGAGAGGCAGGAGGGAAGUUUCAGAAAAGGACAGGAGCAGGAGGGCGACAGCAGGAGCCAGAUGGACUUGAUGGGGGACGAUGAGGGUAAAGGCUCGCCAUUGCCGAUGGACGAGAGUUCACGAGAAGGGAAAACAGACGGCAGGUCAGACCAGGAGGACUGAUGAGGAGCAACAAAAGCUUUGGGACGCUGGCUCGAUGCAGCUGCUGCUUUAUGAUGGGCUGAAAGGAAGACGAGGGCCAGAGGGGACGGCGGUCAUCUUCUCACACCAAAUUAGUGUUUACUUUAGACUUCCUGCUGAGACUGAUGGGUCACAAAUGUGUUUACGGUCUGAUUCAGCUUUGUUCCUUCGUUCAGCCGACUGAAAAUAUAAAUGAUUUUAAAAAGGCUGUAAUGUGGAGUUAACUCAGUAUUUUUAACAAAACUCGUGGCCUCUGAUUUAUCAGGUUCAGUCUGAUUAUUUUCUCCUUCAAAGUGUUUGUUGACAGCUUUUUUAAUGGAGUCCUGUUUCUUUUACAUUUUAAAAUUAAGCUGAGUUCUGCCAUUAGCUAAAGUGCUGGGAUAGUUUCACGGUGAGAAAGGCUGAACUUUGAACCUAGGCAGUUCAGUCUGAAGCUCUCCAACCCUGAAGUUUAAGGUUUCUGCUGAGCUGAUGUUAGAUUUGAUUUAUAGAUUUCUAGAUCUUGGGGGCAAAACCCCAAGACUCUUAUCCACAGCACUAGUCUUCAACCUUUCUUCACCUUCAGUGUUUUUAAUUAAAGGUCAGUCUUUAAGUAAAAACACUGAAAAUAGAGCCCAAAGAAGCUUCUCCUUAAAUCGGACAAGCAAGUCUAUACAGUACAGAAGUAUUUUUUAUUAUUAAUGUGUUUGUGAAUCCAAGGGAAGACGUGUUUACCUUGAGACCUACUGAGAAACCAGUUUUGUUGUAGCAGAACACCAUUUACUAAAGACACUACCGGCAACCUUAGCAACUCUGAAUGACGUGUUGGGGUUAGCGAUGGACUUGGUCUAAUUAGGGAGUCUGUGGAAUGAAGAGCAGGUUCAGGUUGUAGUUCUCUGAACAAGAGGUGUGGUCUUUGAGGCGUAGCGUCAUAGACGUGCGGUCGUUAAUGAUCCCUGCUCGAUUUUGCUAGGAUGGCUUGUUUUCAUCACCGUGAUACCUAAACACAUAUUCAGACCUGUGGGAGGUUUUAUGUGAAUGAAAUAAUGAUGCUAGCAACAUUAUUUUGUAUGAUUUUAAGCGUUUGAGGGUAAAUCUGUGGAAUCACAGCCUGAACCUGAUGAGUCAAAGGUCAUGAGUGUUUUGUGUGAAGUUUGGUUUGAUGAGCCCAAACGGAGAGGCGGGUCCACAGGAAGUCUGAAUAACACUGGGAUCUAUUAUUGUUAUUAUCAGUGUUAAUGUUUAACUUUUAAAACGUCUCCACGCCCCAGGUAACCUCCGUCAGUCCCUGAGCGGAGACGCGACCCGAAGCCGGGUGGGACCGUUUAAAAAUCCACAUUAUGCAAAAAAAGAAAACAAAAGAAGAAGUCGUAAUGAGUAUCACUAUAAUGAAAUGAAGCUGUUUUUAAUGUACAGUAUUAUAAAGGCCUAAAAGCUGUGUGGUGCUAUGAUGUUCUUAACUUUAGGUGUGUCGUUGUGUUCGAACCUCACUUCAGGAAAUUGCACUCCACUCCCUGAAUCACUACAAAAUAAAAUAAAAUAAAAAACGAGGGAAUACAGCCUCGAACACUCGGCCAUGCACUUCCUGUCAGUGUUAUUGUCGUAUUUUAUCUCCUUUUACUGUGAUGUUUUAAAUUUUUAUCCGACUUUAUUAUUUUGCCAACUAACCACAUGACUUUGGGCCUCCUGAUUUGUUGUUUUGUUUUUUUACGUGGAGGAACAUUUAAACCUGUGUGAUUUUCAAAAUAAAACGUGGAGUCUUAAAGCGCAGAAGAAAUGAAAAUGAGAGGACAGAGCCUUCAGAGUGUGUUGAAUUUUUCUCCAGAGAAAGCCUUAUUAUAUGCAAACCUUUCACCUGUGCCAUCCCUGUACAGCGCCACCUGUCCUCUGCUUCAGUAUUACAGUGACGAGCUCACCUGUCCGAUGCGUCAGUGUUAGCGUAGCUAAGCGUCAGUUUCUUAGUUUACACGUUUGUGCAAUUUUCUGUGUUUCUGUUCACCUCAGUAUUUCUGUCAGUAUUACUUUUGUUUUUAAUUUGAGAGUUUACCAUUUUAUUUAUGUGACUCAUUUUAUAUUUCCUAAUUUUAUUUAUUUCAUACUGUAGUGUACAGUAUUCCUGUGUUCCAGUGUUCCUCACAAACAUCUAUUUUAGUAAAAAUGACCUGAGCAAAAAUCUGGAGCUUUUCUUGUUGCUUUCUUUGUUUUUUUCCAAACUACUGGAAAUUCUAAAUUUGGGGAACUUUUGAUACGAAGCUUCUGGUGAAAACACUGUAUUUUAAAAAAAAUCCACUUUAUUCAUCCCACUGAAGAGGUGAUGAAGGACUGGUGAAGACGAUGAAGGAAUUCCUGAAAUGUUUUAUGAUUUUUCAUUUUUAAUUUCCAUGCUCGAAUAAAUGUAGCCAAAAUCAAUUUUAAUAAAGCUGUGUUAUUCUUCUUGUA